AUGCCAGAAUGUUCUGUCUACAACAUUGUCCAGGAAUGUAUGCCAGAAUGUUCUGUCUACAACAUUGUCCAGGAAUGUAUGCCAGAAUGUUCUGUCUACAACAUUAUCCAGGAAGGUAUACCGGAAUGUUCUGUCUACAACAUUGUCCAGGAAGGUAUACCAGAAUGUUCUGUCUACAACAUUGUCCAGGAAUGUAUGCCAGAAUGUUCUGUCUACAACAUUGUCCAGGAAUGUAUGCCAGAAUGUUCUGUCUACAACAUUGUCCAGGAAUGUAUGCCAGAAUUUUCUGUUCAUCACAUUGUCCAGGAAUGUAUGCCAGAAUGUUCUGUCUACAACAUUGUCCAGGAAUGUAUGCCAGAAUGUUCUGUCUACAACAUUGUCCAGGAAUGUAUGCCAGAAUGUUCUGUCUACAACAUUGUCCAGGAAUGUAUGCCAGAAUGUUCUGUCUACAACAUUGUCCAGGAAUGUAUGCCAGAAUGUUCUGUCUACAACAUUGUCCAGGAAUGUAUGCCAGAAUUUUCUGUUCAUCACAUUGUCCAGGAAGGUAUGCCAGAAUUUUCUGUUACUACAUUGUCCAGAAAGGUCUGUAACAAAAUACAUUCUUUUUUGGUCUGA